AUGACUAUCGAUGGAAUCCAUCCAUUAGAGGAUACUGAUUAUAAUGAAACGCGUAUAAAGUCAAACUACGACAAUCUUGAUGAACUGUCUUCUGCUUUCAAAGUAAAGCACACAAACCAAUCAUAUCAAGCACAAUUUGCUUCAUUAUAUUAUCUAAGGUUAGCUAAACUAAAGAAGCUCACUCAGAAGAGGUCUAUAGAUAAGUGGAGUGAAAUUCCGGGUCAAUCACAGAAGCCGAAGUUCUAUAGUAGAGUUUUAGAUGUUGAUCAGAAUCAGCUCUCGUAUGUUGUCGGUACGGUUUAUAUGGAUAUGAAGUUGAAACCAAACGUAUUGGAUGAUCUUGCUCGCAAUCACUGGGUUGCUGCUCCCGAGCCAACUGAAAAGAUAUACAGUAAUAAUGAUGAAUUGUGCUUGGAGGAUGAAAGUGGUAGAAUUAAGCUGGUUGGAGAGACAAUAUUAAAUUCGCAACUAGUAACCGGUGUCAUCAUUGGUGUCUUAGGAAUUGAAAAAGAUCCUGGAGAGUUCACCGUAAUAGACAUUUGUUAUCCUGGAAUACCACCCCAACCUAGUAAAGUUUCCUCAAUGGACAGCGAUAAAUCGCCUUUAGUCGCCCUCGUAUCUGGUCUUAAAAUAGGAUCACAAAACGCAGAUGAUGCAUUAUCGCGUCAAAUGUUGAUAGAUUUCCUUAGUGGACAACACGGUGGACCUUCUGAACAGAAACUUUCGUCGAGAAUUACGCGUUUGGUUAUCGCUGGAAACUGUAUGAGCUCACCGGUUGCGCACGUUGACGACAAAAAGCCUAAGCGAUUUGGCCAAGAUCAGGCAACAUUCACUUCCUUGCCAUCUAAAGAUUUUGACAACUUCUUGAUUGAACUUUCGGACCAUGUUGAGGUCGAUAUUCUGCCUGGAUCCGUCGAUCCAGCUGGUACGCUGUUGCCUCAACAACCAUUCCCUAAAGCUAUGUUCAAGGGUGCGUUCAACAGCUUUGAGCAAGGUGCAAUCAAUUGUCACACUAAUCCUACUUGGUUUUCUGUCGACGACACAAGAUUUUUGGUUUCAGGUGGUCAAACAUUAGACGAUUCAUUUAAGUACAUUAGAGGUCAAGAUAGAUUGGGUUUGGCCGUAGACAGUUUGAAAUGGCGUCACAUCGCUCCCACAGCGCCUGACACCCUCUGGUGUUAUCCAUUUACUGAUAGAGAUCCAUUCAUCCUAAGUGAAUGUCCUCAUGUAUUUGUCAACGGAAAUCAAGAUAGCUUUGCGUCAGAGCUUGUAGAUGGCUCAUUGUCGAUAGGCCCUGAAGGACAACAAACUCGUGUAGUCAAUCUGCCUGAAUUCACUGAGUCUAGCACAAUAGCGCUUGUCGAUUUGGAUACACUCAGCUGCGAAACUUAUAAAUUCAGCUCGGAUGAUCAAAACAUGAAUGGACAAGCUGCUCAAUCUAGUAUAGAGAGAUCAGCUAAUGGGAAGGUUGAGGAAGCUGAAGAUGAAGAUUUGAUACCAGAUGAAGAGUUUGAUGGAGAACUGUAACAAUUACAUUGAUAUGUAACUUAUUAUGAAUGCUGUAACCAC